GUUCAUUUCCUUGACCUUCACUGUAUAUAAUUGCGCCAUUGCAGCUCUCAUUAGCGUAUACACGACUCAUCUGCAUGUGAAAUCUAGAUCUCUUACCAUUUCCAUUACGCCGAUUACCCUUAUUCGGUACCCGCCCAUCCGGAGUCAAGACUCACACGACCACCUCAAUUUCUUUCACAACAAUAUUCACAACAACCAUGAAGACUGUUGUUGUUGGCGCUGGCCCAGUCGGCACUCUCGCCGCCCUUUACGCCGCUGUACGAGGACACGAUGUAGAAAUUUAUGAAUUGAGACCGGAUAUCCGAGAUCCAUCGACUGCACCGUUGAACACCAAGUCAAUUAACUUGGCUCUCUCUGAGCGUGGCAUCAACUCCCUGCGGCAAACCGGCCUGUCAGAUCUUGCAGACGCAGUACUCGCGAACACCGUGCCUAUGCAUGGUCGUAUGAUCCACGUCAGAAAAGGCGGAGAGUACGUGCGUGAAGCACAGAAAUAUGAUGCACACGGCCGCGAUCUAUUGGCUAUGGAUCGAACGCAGCUGAAUAGAGCUCUGAUCGACCAUCUGGACGCAAUGCCCAAUGUCAAGUUCUUCUUCAAGCACAAGAUGAUUGGUGUCGAUUUCAAGAAGAAAUCAGCGUGGUUUGAAAACCGUACAGACAAGAAGGAUCUGUUGACACAAGGCCCUGAAUUCAAGCUGACUUUCGAUCUACUGAUCGGCGCCGAUGGGGCCCAUUCGGCUGUGCGAAACCACUUGAUGAAGGUUGUCCCCAUGACUUAUCAGCAAGAGUACAUCGACAAGCUCUGGUGCCAGUUUGGCGUCCCCACAUCUUCUAAUGGAGACUUCCGGAUACCACCGAACUACCUGCACAUCUGGCCAGCAGACGAGUCUAUGUUUAUUGCGAUUCCGAACACAGAUAAGACCUUCACGUCAACGCUUUUCAUGUCAAAGGAGGGCUUUGAAGAGCUGGAAGCGUCAGGGAAAGUGGUGGAGUACUUCAGCAAGCAUUUCCCUGCGGUGGUACCCGACCUGAUCACUGAAGACGAUCUGAAGAAGCAAUUCACCAACAACGAACAUCUGCCACUAAUCUCCAUCAAGUGUACACCAUACCAUUAUGGUUCCGCUGGAGUCAUUGUUGGAGACGCUGCACACGCCAUGGUACCUUUCUACGGUCAGGGCAUGAAUGCCGGACUAGAAGAUGUCCGUGUGCUCUUUGAGUUCCUCGACAAGCACCCCAGCGACCGCACGAAAGCAUUAGACGAAUACACGAAACAGCGCACACCAGAUGCGCAGACCAUUAACGACCUUGCGCUCGGCAAUUACUUCGAGAUGGCAUCAGACGUCAAGAAACCGCUGUACCUGCUACGUAAGUGGGUCGAAGAGACACUGUAUGUUCACUUCCCAAGCUUGGGCUGGGCGACCCAGUACUCCCGGGUCACAUUCAGCAACAUGAGAUACUCAGAGGUCUAUCAAGCAUCACAGAGGCAAACAAGGAUACUGAACAGUGUUGUCGGACUUGGACUCGCCACAGUAGUAGGAUCCACUCUUUUGUUUGCCGGGAACGGUGGGCUACAGAAGGCAAAGAUGGGCAUAUUACGAGGAAUCUGCCUGGCCGCCCAGGGCGCGCAACGAGUGGUUCAAGGCUGAUGGAGCACUCGAUUGCACACAACUCAACACACUGUACGAUAUCC